GCAGAAAAAACAACAACAACAACCAUGAACUUGCUAUUGAGAAGAAGAGUUCCGUCAUCAUUACCAUCAACAUCGUACUUACGAAAUUGUUGUUUUCUAAGUCAUGAAGUCUGUUCAACAUCAAGAAAUCCCUUUUCGACUGCUUCUCGAUUUUAUGCUGGUCCUGUUCUAACUAACUCCAGACAAGAAAAUGAUCAUCAUCAUCAUAAACAAAAGCAACAGCAACAGCGACAGGCAGUUUUUCAUUCACAAGCAUUUUUUAAUCGAAAUUUUUUACCGUCGCAUCGUUUUAAAAGUUCUCAAAGAAGUUCUGGAGGCUCAUCGUCAAGCUUCUUCAAUGAUAACUUGUUUGCAACACUGUCUGUCGGUUUACUACUUGUCGGUUGUUAUGCCUUUAGAUGGUAUAUCAACUUGGAACCUGAUUUUAGUCUACCGAAGAAGAAAAAGCAGGAAAAUUUAGAACACUCACGACCUUCACUUGAAAAAGAAUAUCCGGUGUCAGACGAUGCGUUGUCAGAAAAAUCAGAAAAGCAUCCUACUGUUGAAUCAAAUAAAAUUGCUACUCCCCCAGUUGUUAAUAUGGCGACAACUACAACUACAGAUUCAGUGGUUGUUCAUUCAAAUGUUAUUGCAGAAGAAGGAGAAAAAGAACAGUUGUCGAAAACUAAUGAGGAUAAUAAAGUCGAUGUAGAAAAAGUUGCUAUGGAUACGGAAUUUCAUGAUGAAGUUCCUGAGGCGCUUGUCUAUGUUAAGCCAGAAGACAAAGCAUUUCCUACACACGUGCCGUACAUUAUUGUUGGCGCUGGAGCCGCAGGAAUGUCAGCGGCUCGUUCAAUUCGCGCUUCAGAUCCCACGUCGAGAGUUUUAUUGAUUGCUGGCGGUGCUAGUGGAUCAGGCAGAACAUCUGAACCGGGGAUUGAAGAAACCUCUUAUGUAGAACCACCUCCGUAUUUAAGACCACCGCUGAGUAAAGAGCUGUGGAAUCGAACACCGAGUAAAGAAAAAAAGCUGCUACGAAGUGAUGGAGAUAUACGUCGACACUCUUGGCUCUAUUAUGAACCGGAUAGUUUCUUUUUAAAACCAGAAGAUUUAAGCGCUGUACAAUACGGUGGAGUGGCUCUAGUUCGAGGAGAUCCAGUAGUUCGCCUGGAUCCUGAUAGACAUAUAGUCUUUUUAGCAUCUGGUCGACAAAUAACCUACGAUCGAUGUCUUUUAGCCACUGGUGGCACGCCAAAACGUCUGAAGGAACUAGAAGUAUGCAGUCGAACUGGAAUCGAUUUGACGGAUACUGGACAUGUCUCAUAUUUCCGUAAUAUGGCAGAUUAUCGACGUCUCAGAGAUCUUGCCGACAAACUUCGUCAAACUGGUGGUCGGAUAGCUGUUAUCGGUGGUGGUUUCCUUGGUAGUGAAUUAUCUGUGAGUUUAUUGAAACAACCGCCAAAGUCAACAGAUGCCAGUACAACGACAACAACGCCGCCGACAACGACGAAGGAUUCCCCAGAUCCAAUACAAUCAAAAUUGUCUGUUAUACAUGCAUUCCGUGAAACAGUCCCUAUGAGCAGUGUACUACCACCGUGUCUGGCUUCAGCUGUCGGACGUUUUGAAUCAAGUAAAGGCGUGGAGUUGUGGAGUUCUUCAGAUGUUGUCGGCUUGUCACUUGUACCCGAAAACAAAACACAUACUACUACUACUACUACACAAGCUACUGUCAAAGAACAGGCUAAAUUUGUCCCCAUGGGAACAGUUGCCGCUAGUACAAGUAGCUCUGAACGUGUUCGUUUGCGUGUUCGUCGUAGCGUAUCAGGAAUUGAAAGAGUCGAAGAAGUUGAUGUGGAUCAUGUUGUUUGUGUUAUCGGCAUCGAUCCAAAUACAGAUCUCUCUUCAGAGGCAGGUCUAGAAGUAGAUCCGAAUAAUGGAGGAUUUUUAGUCAAUGCAGAACUAGAAGCCAGACAAGGUGUUUACGUCGCCGGUGAUGCUGCCUCCUAUUGGGAUCCAAUUGUUGGUUGUCGACGGCGCGUUGAACAUCUCAAUUUCGCUGAAGAAGCUGGAUCGCUGGCUGGUAAAAAUAUGGCUGCCUCUUUGUUAACAUCUGGAGGUAAUAAUUCACCGCCGCCUAGAACUGCAUCGUCAUCGCAUUAUCAACAUCAGUCGUCUCUAUGGUCUACUCUUGGCCCUGAAUUGUCCUGGGAUGCAGUUGGCCUGAUCGAUUCACGUCUACUAUUAACACGUGGAUUUUUCGCCUCCCCCGAAGAUGACAAUAAUGAUACUUCCACGGAGAAAACAACUUCUACACCUCGACCUUUCUCAAGUCUUGUUCCUGAUGCUAAUCUUGGACGACUCACCAAAGGGGUUGUCUUUUAUUUAACACCAAAAGAAAAACGUCUUGUUGGCAUCUUACUGUGGAAUAUGCCAGAUGAAGUCUAUUCGGAUAAAGAUUAUCCCGGGCCGAGUCGUUUGAAUCUAGCCCGGAGUAUACUUGCUGAACGUCAUAUAAUUGGUGGCGGUAAUGGUAAUGAUAAUGAUAAAGAAAAAGAGAAAAAUGAUCUAUGCGAAUUAGCCAGUCGAUUUGAUAUCUAUGGUGAGAUAUCGGAGGAAUAUGCGCAAUUACAAGAGUACAUUAAGAGGAAAGGCUUAGAUAUGGCUAAAGUAAAUGAAAAUGAUAAUAAUAAUAACAAUGAUAAUAAUAAUAAGGGUGAAAGCGUUGACAAUAAGGAUAGUGAUAUUAGUCAACCUUAAUAAUAAUAAUAAAUAAUCCUUCAGAUGGCCAUUUACAGAAACAGAGACAAAAAAGGAAAGACUUCACCAACGAAAAAAAACAGUCUAGUUAUUUUUUUGUCUUGUUUUGAUAAUUUCUCUGUCUCUAAAUGUGUGUUGUACAAAUAUUCAAUAUUUUGUAAAGUCCCCCCAUUUUUCAUACACAACAAUGGAUCAAAUAUAGAUAGUGAUUAGAAAAUACACAUAUAUUUUAUUUGUCUUC